CUAAAGGGGACUACCUGGCCUCUGUGAUGCCAGACCACUCCAGCAACCUGCAGGUGUUAAUCCACCAGGUGAGCCGUAGGCGGAGCCAGAACCCCUUCAGGAAAAACAAAGGUCUGGUCCAAAGCGUGUCCUUCCACCCGGUCAGGCCCUACUUCUUCGUGGCCACGCAGCGCUCCGUCCGGAUCUACAACCUGGUCAAACAGGAAAUGACCAAAAAACUUCAGGCCAACUCCAAGUGGAUCUCCAGCAUGGCAGUCCACCCUGGAGGUGAUCAUGUGAUCUGUGGAAGCUACGACUGCAGGCUGAGCUGGUUCGACCUGGACCUGUCCACCAAACCCUACAGGAUGCUCCGACACCAUAAGAAGGCGGUGAGGGGCGUGGCCUAUCACAGGCUGUACCCGCUGUUCGCCUCAGCGUCAGAUGACGGUUCAGUGAUCGUCUGUCACGGGACGGUGUACAACGACCUGCUCCAGAACCCGCUCAUCGUCCCGGUGAAGGUUCUUAGAGGUCAUGUGAUCACUCAUGACCUCGGCGUUCUGGACGUGACCUUUCACCCCACUCAGCCGUGGAUCUUCUCCUCCGGAGCCGACGCCUCCAUCCGCCUCUUCACCUAGCAACCGCCCGGCAACCAGAUCCAUCGCUGCACCUGUCAGCAGUGGUCCCUAGGAGACCGACCGCACAGCUGGUCGUUUUGUAAUUUCUUUGACCUUUGACCUUGUUACUGUUUAUUUUUAAUUAAACUCAAACUUUCUCCACAC